CUGAAACCUUGUCAGGCCAUGUUCCAUUACAAGCACAGCAUAGGGUGUUUUUUUUCCAACCGCUUGCCUUCCUUUCCACUCUUCCUUCCAUCAUGGUACUUGGAAAGCAUGGAUUCGCCUUGACUCCUCUAACCGCUGAUAAAACCACCCGUCUGCAACGAAAUGCUCAGUAUAAACAGAUCGAACAAGCUGACAUUGCCUACUUCCGCUCCAUUCUACCGGAAUCAAGCAUCCUGGAAGAAUCCUCAUGUCCUCAGGACACUUAUCUGGCUUUCUUAACCGACUGGUAUAAUUUGUAUCGUGGAAGUUCCGCCGUUGUUUUACUCCCGACAACCACCGACCAGGUCCUAGCCAUCCUAAAAUACUGUAACGAUCACCAUAUUGCCGUCGUGCCUCAAAGUGGCAAUACCAGUGCUUCAGGAGGCUCGGUUCCUGUUUUCGAUGAAAUUGUCGUCAGCACAAAGAAAAUGGAGAAUAUAAGGUCUUUCGAUCCUUUGUCUGGAGCACUUGUAUGUGAUGCUGGUUGCAACUUGGAGACUUUGGACACCUAUCUUGCUCAGUAUGGCUAUCAAAUCCCCCUGGACCUUCCUGCCAAGCAUUUGUGUCGGAUAGGUGGUAAUGCCGCUACCAAUGCUGGCGGUAUUCGGCAGAUGCGUUUUGGUAACCUUCAUGGAUCCAUCAUGGGCUUGGAAGUGGUGUUGGCCGAUGGCACUGUGCUUGAUAACUUGUCAACGAUGAGAAAAGAUAAUACGGGAUAUCACCUCAAGAAUUUGUUUAUUGGUUCCGAGGGAACCUUGGGGUAUAUCACCGCUGUGUCCAUCCAAGCAGUUCGUGUUCGACCGGCUGUCAAUGUAUUGAUGAUUGGGUUCCCUUCCUAUGAUCACGUUGUUAAGGCAUAUGACCUAUGCAAGAAACGACUGAGUGAAACUAUAUCCGCCUUUGAAGUCUUAGACCAAGACUCUGUGCGCUGUGUGCAGCAAGUCGGUUUUCAAGUACCCGAGGGAUCGCCCUUUCCCAUAAGCUCAGAUGAAGCAUUCUAUGUUGUCAUGGAAACCGCUGGAAGUAUUGAGGAAGACGAAAAAAAGAGAGUGCAAAAUUUCUUGGACGAGUUACGCAGUUCAGAUAUUGCCACAGAUGGAGCCAUUGCUACAACUGCCGAAGCGCGUGAAAGCUUCUGGUCAUGGCGCACAAAAUUGCCACCGUCCAUUGUUCAAACUGGCCCACACUCCAUUCAUUUUGAUAUUUCUAUGCCUAUCCCAAAGCUCUAUCAAGUUGUCUAUGACACAAGAGAGUGGAUGAACAAGCAGGGUAUCAUUGGGCGUGACGUUGUAGCAGUGUAUGGCUAUGGUCACGUUGGAGACGGUAAUCUGCAUUUGACCAUUCCGGCAUUAAUUGAUAGUGAGGAAUUGCGGGAAAAAAUUGAUGAAUUCAUUUACACUUGGCUAACUCAAUACUCUGGCAGUGUUAGUGCUGAGCAUGGCAUUGGUCUGAUGAAGGCUCCAUAUCUCACCUACACCAAAAGUGUCACCAUGGUGAAUCAAAUGCAAAGGAUCAAAAACAUGUUUGAUCCCAAUGGAAUUCUCAACCCUUACAAAGUGUUUCCACAAGAACAUGAGUUGUUGGAAGGACAAGCUGUCAAGAGACGAGUUCAAGCAGCUAGGUGUGGGUGUUAGUAGAAGAGCAGAGCC